CUUGUGUAAAAGUUAUUUUUUAAUUUAUACAUUAAGUUCUAGUCGAAAUUCUAUUUAAUAACUUAAUUUUUAAUUCUUUUUUAUGUUAAAAAAAAUUAACCAGCUGUUUAAAUCAAAAAACAGAACUAUGGCACCUUUACACGGUAUUAAUUUGCCAGCUGAAAAGGCAACGUUCGCAAUGGGAUGUUUUUGGGCUCCCGACAGUCUUUAUGGAUCCACUCUAGGAGUAAUAUCUACAAGAGUUGGUUAUGCAGGUGGUGCUAUUGGUUUUAUACCAACAUAUAGAAACAUUGGUGACUACACAGAAGCAAUACAAAUAGUAUACGACCCUACAACUGUAUCUUAUAUAAAUCUUUUACAAAUGUUUUGGGAUCACCACGACCCUACUGCCAAAUUUAAAAAACAGUAUUCUUCAUACAUUUAUUAUCAUAAUGAUCAACAAAAAUUAGAAGCUGAAUUGACGUUAAACGAAAAAAAAUCCAAAGGUCUGCAUAUUCUUACAGAAAUCCAACCUGUGGGACAAUUUUUUAAUGCUGAAGACUAUCAUCAAAAAUAUAGAUUGCAACAACAUAAGAGCUUAUGUAAAGAUCUGGGACUUAUUACUGGAACCGAUUUAAUAAAUUCCCACGUAGCAGCCAGAUUAAACGGUUAUGUGGUCGGUCAAGGGGGAGUUGACCAGUUCGACAUAGAAACAAAAACAUUAGGACUAGAUGAAGCGGCUAUAAAAUAUGUUAGGCAGCUCGUGAUAAAAUAUGAAGGACAAGGAUUAACAUGUUAAACAUAUUAUUAUUAUGCUAUUUUAAACAUGAAAUAUUAUAAUGAGUGAAGUGAACUUAG